GGCAGCGCCUCGGAUCGGGCGGCUCGGGCGGCUCGGGCUGUAGUGCCGGCGCCACCGCGUCUCCCCGGUCUCCUUCUCCCGCCGCGCAGGGUUUUAUAGGAUCACAUUAGCAAAAGCAUGAUGGAGUUUUAUGAGUCAACAUAUUUUAUUGUUCUUAUUCCUUCAGUAGUUAUUACAGUAAUUUUCCUCUUCUUCUGGCUUUUCAUGAAAGAAACGUUAUAUGAUGAAGUUCUUGCAAAACAGAAAAAAGAACAAAAGCUUAUUCCUACCAAAACAGAUAAAAAGAAGGCAGAAAAGAAAAAGAAUAAAAAGAAAGAAAUCCAGAAUGGGAACCUCCAUGAAUCCGAUUCUGAGAGUGUACCCCGGGACUUUAAAUUAUCUGAUGCCUUGGCUGUAGAAGAUGAGCAACUUGUACCUGUUCCACUGAAUGUGAUUGAAACUUCUAGUAGUAUUAGAGAAAGAAAAAAGAAGGAAAAGAAACACAAGCCUGUACUAGAAGAGCAGAUCACCAAAGAAAGUGAUGUAUCAAAGAUUCCAAGCAAGAAAGUAGAACCUGUCCCAGUUACUAAACAGCCCACUCCCCCCUCUGAGGCAGCUGCCUCAAAGAAGAAACCAGGGCAGAAGAAGUCUAAAAAUGGAAGCGAUGAUCAGGAUAAAAAGGUGGAAACUCUUAUGGCACCUUCAAAAAAGCAAGAAUCAUUACCCCUCCACCAAGAGACAAAACAAGAAGGUACAUCAGGGAAGAAGAAAGUUUCAUCAAAGAGGCAGAAGACAGAAAAUGUCUUGGUAGAUGAACCUCUUAUUCAUGCAACUACUUAUAUUCCUUUGAUGGAUAAUGCAGACCCAAGUCCUGUAGUGGAUAAGAGAGAGGUUAUUGAUCUGAUUAAACCUGACCAUGUAGAAGGAAUCCAGAAAAUGGGGACUAAAAAACCAAGAAUGGAAACUGACAAAGAAAAUGCUGAAAUGAAAUUUAAAGAUUUUCUUCUGUCCUUGAAGACUAUGAUAUUUUCUGAAGAUGAGGCUCUUUGUGUUGUAGACCUGCUGAAGGAGAAAUCUGGUGUGAUACAGGAUGUUUUAAAGAAGUCAAGUAAAGGAGAAGUGACUGCACUUGUACAUCAGCUUCAAGAAAAAGACAAAUUACUUGCUGCUGUGAAGGAAGAUGCUACUGCUAUGAAGGAUCGGUGUAAGCAGUUAACUCAGGAAAUGAUGACAGAGAAAGAGAGAAGCAAUGUGGUUAUAGCAAGAAUGAAAGAUCGGAUUGGAACAUUAGAAAAGGAACAUAAUGUAUUUCAAAACAAAAUGCAUGUCAGUUAUCAAGAGACUCAACAGAUGCAGAUGAAGUUCCAGCAAGUUCGUGAGCAGAUGGAAGCAGAGAUAGCUCACUUGAAGCAGGAAAAUGGCAUACUGAGAGAUGCUGUCAGCAACACUACAAACCAACUAGAAAACAAGCAGUCUGCUGAACUGAAUAAACUUCGCCAGGAUUAUGCUAGAUUGGUGAAUGAACUGACUGAGAAAACAGGAAAACUGCAGCAGGAGGAAGUCCAAAAGAAGAAUGCUGAGCAAGCAAUUACUCAGCUGAAGGUUCAACUACAAGAAGCUGAGAGAAGGCGGGAAGAAGUCCAAAGUUAUAUCAGGAAGAGAACAGCAGAGCAUGAGGCAGCACAGCAAGAUUUACAGAGUAAAUUUGUGGCCAAAGAAAAUGAAGUACAGAGUCUGCAUAGUAAACUUACAGAUACCUUGGUAUCAAAACAGCAGUUGGAGCAAAGACUAAUGCAGUUAAUGGAAUUGGAACAAAAAAGGGUGAACAAAGAAGAGUCUCUACAGAUGCAAGUUCAGGACAUUUUGGAGCAGAACGAGGCCUUGAAAGCUCAAAUUCAACAAUUUCAUUCCCAGAUAGCAGCCCAGACCUCUGCUUCAGUUCUAGCAGAAGAAUUACAUAAAGUGAUUGCAGAAAAGGAUAAGCAGAUAAAACAGACCGAAGAUUCUUUAGCAAAUGAACAUGAUCAUUUAACAAGUAAAGAGGAGGAACUUAAGGACAUACAGAAUAUGAAUUUCUUAUUAAAAGCUGAAGUGCAAAAAUUACAGGCCCUGGCAAAUGAACAGGCUGCUGCUGCACAUGAACUGGAGAAAAUGCAAAAAAGUAUUCAUGUUAAGGAUGAUAAAAUAAGACUGCUUGAAGAGCAGCUACAGUGUGAAAUUUCAAACAAAAUGGAAGAGUUUAAGAUUUUAAGUGACCAAAACAAAGCAUUGCAAUUAGAAGUUCAGAAGCUACAGACUCUUGUUUCUCAACAGCCCGAUAAAGAUGUUGUGGAACAAAUGGAAAAAUGCAUUCAAGAGAAAGAAGAGAAGUUGAAGACAGUGGAAGAAUUACUUGAAACUGGACUUAUUCAGGUGGCCACUAAAGAAGAGGAACUGAAUGCAAUAAGAACAGAAAAUUCAUCUUUGACGAAAGAAGUUCAAGACUUAAAGGCUAAACAUAAUGAUCAGGUUUCUUUUGCAUCUCUAGUUGAAGAACUUAAAAAAGUAAUCCAUGAAAAAGAUGGAAAGAUCAAGUCUGUGGAAGAGCUUCUGGAAGCUGAACUUCUCAAAGUUACUAAUAAGGAGAAAACUAUUCAGGAUUUGAAACAGGAAAUAGAGGCUCUAAAAGAAGAAAUAGGAAAUACCCAGCUUGAAAAGGCUCAACAGCUGUCUAUCACUUCUCAAGUUCAGGAGCUUCAGAACUUAUUAAAAGGAAAGGAGGAACAGAUGAAUACCAUGAAGACUGUUUUAGAAGAGAAUGAGAAAGAUCUAGCCAAUAGAGGGAAAUGGUUACAGGAUCUUCAGGAAGAAAAUCAGUCUUUGAAAGCUCAUGUUCAGGAGGAGGUAGCACAACAUAACUUGAAAGAGGCAUGUUCUGCAUCACGACUUGAAGAACUUGAGACUGUGUUGAAAGAAAAGGAAAAUGAAAUGAAGAGAGUGGAAAGUGUGCUAAAAGAGAGGGAGAGUGAUAUUUCUAGCAAAACAAAGCUGCUGCAGGAGGUGCAAGAUGAAAACAAAUUGUUUAAAUCCCAAAUUGAGCAGCUUAAGCAACAGGCAUCUUCUUUUUCCUCAUAUGAAGAACUAUUAAAAGUAAUUUCAGAAAGAGAGAAGGAAAUAACUGGUCUCCAGAAUGAGAUAGAUUCUUUGAAGGAUGCUGUUGAACACCAGAGGAAGAAAAACAAUGACCUUCGGGAGAAAAACUGGGAAGCAAUGGAAGCAUUGGCAUCAACUGAAAAAAUGCUGCAGGACAAAGUGAACAAGACUUCCAAGGAAAGACAACAACAUGUGGAAGCUAUUGAAUUGGAAGCUAAAGAAGUUCUUAAAAAAUUAUUUCCAAAGGUGUCUGUUCCUUCUAAUUUGAGUUAUAGUGAAUGGUUGCGUGGAUUUGAAAAGAAGGCAAAAGAAUGUAUGACUGGAACUCCUGGUUCAGAGGAGGUUAAGGUUCUAGAGCACAAGCUGAAAGAAGCUGAUGAAAUGCACACAUUGUUACAGCUAGAGUGUGAAAAAUAUAAAUCCGUCCUUGCGGAAACAGAAGGUAUUUUACAGAAGCUACAGAGAAGUGUGGAGCAGGAAGAAAAUAAAUGGAAAGUUAAGGUCGAUGAAUCACAAAAGACUAUUAAACAGGUGGUGGUUGGCGAUGCGUGUGAGUUCCAGUUGCCCGUCUCUGGCUAUCCAGUCCAGCGCACCAAGAUGCAGUUGUCAUUUACAUCUUUGGAACAAGAGCUAGAGCGAUUAAGAAGAGAAAAUAAAGAUGUUGAAAAUCUGAGAAGAGAACGAGAGAAUUUGGAAAUGGAACUAGAGAAGGCAGAAAUUGAACGAUCUACCUAUGUCACAGAAGUCAGAGAGCUGAAAGAUCUGUUGACUGAAUUGCAGAAAAAACUUGAUGAUUCAUAUUCUGAAGCAGUAAGACAGAAUGAAGAGCUAAAUUUGUUAAAAACACAGUUAAAUGAAACACGCACAAAACUUAGAACUGAACAAAGUGAAAGACAGAAGGUAGCUGGUGACUUGCACAAGGCUCAACAGUCUCUGGAUCUUAUCCAGUCAAAAAUAGUAAAAGCUGCUGGAGACACUACUGUUAUUGAGAAUAGUGAUGUUUCCCCAGAAACGGAGUCUUCUGAGAAGGAGACAAUGUCUGUAAGUUUAAAUCAGACUGUAACACAGUUACAACAGUUGCUUCAGGCAGUAAACCAACAGCUCACAAAGGAGAAAGAACACUGCCCUGUAGUAGAGUGAAGUAAUUGGGAAACUAUUCAUUCAUGGAUAACAGGAGGCAUUGUAUUAUAUUUUGCCAAACUAAAGCCUUAUUUAUGUUUUCACCCUUUCUACUUCGUCAGAAACACUGAACAGAGUUUUGUCUUUUCUAAUCCUUGUUAGACUACUGAUAUAAAGAAAGAAAAAAGCCAACUCUGUAGACACCUUCAGAGUUUAGUUUUAUAAUAAAAAAUGUUUGAAUAAUUACACCUUUACAUUCCUGAAGAUAAAAUAAACAUGUAAUCUUUUAUCUUAUUUUGCUCAAUAAAAUUGUUCGGAAGAUCAAAAGUGGUAAAGACAAUGUAAAAUUUAACAUUUUAAUACUGAUAUUGUGCACUGUUUUACUUAACAUUUUGGGGAGUAACUGCCUCUGAUUUCAACUUAAAAAAACACUUUUUGUUGCUAAUGUAAUCGGUUUUUGUAAUGGCGUCAGCA